AAUUCAUACACGUACAAAAUGAAAAUUUCAUUUUAUGAAAGCCUUUCAUUUGCUUGUUGGAUUGCCUAAACUAACAAUACGAGUCACCAUUUAAAAGAGUUCGCUAAAGCUAAACAUUGCAAUAAAAAAAAAACCUAGUGGACAAUUAAAAGACUUUGAUGGAAGAUAGCCAAAUCGAGAUGAAAGAGACAUACAAUAUGCACUUUAUUUAGAUACUUGUAAUGACUUUAAUAAAAAGGAAAGAAAAAUAAUAAGUCAAGAAUAAGAAUAAAUAUGAGAUGUUAAAAUUAUUUUUUAUUGCGUUAAAACUCUAAAAAUGGUGGAAAUAAUAAUUUUUUUUUUAUUUCAAUUUUUUUCCUGAUAGGUUAAAUUAUAAGGUUUCUUAAGUACCAAACUUGAAUCACAUGCACAUGCAUGCUUGUAAUUACAUUGGAAGCAGCUUACAGAAAGUCCACUAGACAAGCAGUCAUCCCGCUGGCAGCAUGUUUGGCUCUGAAAGCAAAGUCGCUCCCUUCAAAUUACAGUUUAUUGUUCACCCUUUCCUUCUUUAUAUUAGAUCUUAGAACUCUUGGUUUCAGCCCAUCCUUCUCCCUAUUCUCUUUGCCAUUGCCUUCUUUCCUGUUCCUGUUCAGAAGAAUGCAUAGGUCAUCAUCAGGCAGGGGUUCUGAUGAGUUUUCACUGAACUUAUCGCAGGAUGCUGUUGCUUCUAGUGACCUGCCAAUGCACAUCUCCAACUCUGAUAUCACUAAAAAGGAAAUUGGCCUGCAUCGCAAGUCAAUAGGAGAAAAUGCUGUUCACCUCAUCCCGAUUGUUCUAAUUCUUUGUGCCUUGGCUCUUUGGAUUUUUUCACAUCCUACUGAGCCUAGUGAAGUCAUGUAAUUUGACAGUGUAGCCAUUAGGAAGAGAUACAUUAAAAGAAAAAAGGAAAAACAGACUUUGCUUUCUGUGAUUUGUCUCUUUGCUGCAAUCCUGUAUGUUAUAACUAUAUGAAUAUGAUGUUCGGGAAGUGGCCAAAAUAGAGGAUAAAGAUAAAUCAUGUCUGAAAGACUUGUUCCCAAUAUGUGUCUCUUUUUAAAAUUAAAAUUAUUCAUGUUCAUUAUUGCACUGUCAGUAGUUUGCAAUUAUAUAUGCUUUCCUUCUUUUCAUUAUUUUCUGUUGAAUCUUUUAAGAAAACAUGUCUUUAUUUAUUUUCGAGGUGAAUUUUG